UACUCAUGUUUGUCCAGUGGGUGGCGCACUCGAGUCAGAUACAAAAAGAAAGUGGUCUAUUAUCAUUAUGUUGUAAUACUCAUGUUUGUCCAGUGGGUGGCGCACUCGAGUCAGAUACAAAAAAAAAAGUCUCUCUCCGUCGUCCUGACAACGCCGUGUAAACUCCCAGUGCUUUCUGAGGGACCAAAACAACACACACUGACUGGCAUGUUGUCACAAGAGAAACGACCGAAAACAUCAACAUGUCAUCGGGUUGACUGGUUAUGACUGAGUUUCGAAAAACGUUUGAUAUUUGAAGAAGAAGAAAGAAAAAGAGUCAGAAGAAUAGUACAUAAAGAUCUCAUUACAGACCUCCUCACUGGAUGCAGUGCAGUGGAUCACCAUGGUAAUAAAACGCAAGAUAUUCAACCUACCUGGAUCUCUCUCUCUCUUCAGACCUCCUCACUGGGGUGGGCUCCCAGUCGAAUCACUCGAACUUUGCCCCACUGAACGUCUCUCCCACUGUUAAUAGAGCCCCAGCUGCAUGGAUACUCCCACAGUGCUUUUCUCUGUCUCUACUUUACACUCUCCUUCUGACUAUGCCCUCCUGCACUUUUCUUACAUCGUGGAGAUCUCCCUUCUACACACUGCUGCAAUAUGGCAGAAUCCUUGGCACCUAAAGCACCGUAAUGGGUUCGGAACAUAGGCCCUCACAGAUUAGCAAAUAUAACCUAACAUGACCUGUUCAGGUAGAAACUCAACAAGACGGACAGGGUAUCUUCAGUCUGGCCCCCGGGUCUACGUCUGACCAAACGGCAGGCGUCAAAAACACCAGGAAUAUGAUGUAUCGUUUGAUCCGCCCCCCCCACUGAUCCUUUGAGAGGCGCCCUGCUUCGGAGAGCAAAGCACGACACAGGUUGAGCUCCGAGGCGCGUGACCAUGAAGCGUCCCUCUUCCUCUGGUCGGAGGAUGCACAAAAAAAUGAAAACAUUUCCAGUUUGUCCUUUACCCGGCUUGACACAACGUAUGGGUUUGGCCAAAAAGCAGGAAUCCACUCCAAAACUCUCCCUCCUACCCCUCCACAAUCAUCCCCGGUAGGAUUCUCAGGGAAAACGUUGUAAGUCUCUCCCACACCUGUUGCCUCAGGUAGGCCCACUUCAUCGUGGUCUGACUCAACUUCAGAGCGCUCCCCCCACUGCCCACCAGCUCCGUUUCCAGAUCCUCACGGUUCUUAAGAGAGCAGACAUGUAGAAGUACGUUGACUUGUUUCAUGUUCAGGAGACGAAGGACUUGAACUCAGCGCCGUUCUUAUGCCUUCGCGUCAUCUCACUUCUUCCGUCUUCCAGCCAAACGCCGUUCUUAUGCCUUCGCGUCAUCUCACUUCUUCCGUCUUCCAGCCAAGCGCCGUUCUUAUGCCUUCGCGUCAUCUCACUUCUGUCUUCCAGCCAAACGCCGUUCUUAUGCCUUCGUCAUCUCACUUCCUCCGUCUUCCAGCCAAGCUCCGUUCUUAUGCCUUCGCGUCAUCUCACUUCCGUCUUCCAGCCAAACGCCGUUCUUAUGCCUUCGCGUCAUCUCACUUCCGUCUUCCAGCCAAACGCCGUUCUUAUGCCUUCGCGUCAUCUCACUUCCGUCUUCCAACCAAACGCCGUUCUUAUGCCUUCGCGUCAUCUCACUUCCGUCUUCCAGCCAAACGCCGUUCUUAUGCCUUCGCGUCAUCUCACUUCCGUCUUCCAACCAAACGCCGUUCUUAUGCCUUCGCGUCAUCUCACUUCCGUCUUCCAGCCAAACGCCGUUCUUAUGCCUUCGCGUCAUCUCACUUUCCUCUUCCAGCCAAACGCCGUUCUUAUGCCUUCGCGUCAUCUCACUUCCCUCUUCCAGCCAAGCAGACAGAGCUCAGCAUCUCUCACCCCUUCCCUCUUCCAGCCAAGCAGACAGAGCUCAGCAUCUCUCACCCCUUCCCUCUUCCAGCCAAGCAGACAGAGCUAAGCAUCUCUCACCCCUUCCCUCUUCCAGCCAAGCAGACAGAGCUAAGCAUCUCUCACCCCUUCCCCCUUCCAGCCAAGCAGACAGAGCUAAGCAUCUCUCACCCCUUCCCCCUUCCAGCCAAGCUCCAUUCUUAUGCCUUCGCGUCAUCUCACUUCCCUCUUCCAGCCAAGCAAACAGAGCUAAGCAUCUCUCACCCCUUCCCUCUUCCAGCCAAGCAGACAGAGCUAAGCAUCUCUCACCAUGCUAUGUGGAUGUCUGUGGAUACAUACCUGGGGGCGUAUUCAUUAUGUCGAAUCUGAUGCAAAACGUUUCUUAAAACGGAAGCUAAAAAUCGAAUCACAUUUUAUACAUAUUUAACAGAUGUUAUUGGUCCAUACACAUAUUUAUCAGAUGUUAUUGGUCCAUACACAUAUUUAUCAGAUGUUAUUGGUCCAUACACAUAUUUAUCAUAUGUUAUUGGUCCAUAUUUAUCAGAUGUUAUUGGUCCAUACACAUAUUUAUCAUAUGUUAUUGGUCCAUAUUUAUCAGAUGUUAUUGGUCCAUACACAUAUUUAUCAGAUGUUAUUGGUCCAUAUUUAUCAGAUGUUAUUGGUCCAUACACAUAUUUAUCAGAUGUUAUUGGUCCAUACACAUAUUUAUCAUAUGUUAUUGGUCCAUAUUUAACAGAUGUUAUUGGUCCAUACACAUAUUUAUCAGAUGUUAUUGGUCCAUACACAUAUUUAUCAGAUGUUAUUGGUCCAUAUUUAUCAGAUGUUAUUGGUCCAUAUUUAUCAGAUGUUAUUGGUCCAUAUUUAGCAGAUGUUAUUGGUCCAUACACAUAUUUAUCAGAUGUUAUUGGUCCAUACACAUAUUUAUCAGAUGUUAUUGGUCCAUACACAUA